AUAGAAAAUCAAAAUAACAGCUCACAAAAUGAAAACGAAGGCACAGAGGAGAGCACCCCCGUGAGUGUAGCGGCGGCAGUCGCGCAGCAAGCGGCGGUGCAACAGGCGGUGGCCGCGCAUGCUGCGCACGCCGCGCACGCGGCACAGGCUGCUCACGCCGCCACUACUGCCGCUAGCGCAGCCGCAGCCGCCGCCGCCGCUGUCGGACCCGAGAAGACGCUCGUCGUGCCCGUCUCACAGGGCUCGCAGCCCAAGCGCCUGCACGUCUCCAACAUACCCUUCCGCUUCAGAGACCCCGACCUAAGGAACAUGUUCGGCCAAUAUGGCACGAUACUUGAUGUAGAAAUUAUCUUCAACGAACGCGGCUCGAAGGGAUUCGGUUUUGUAACAUUCGCAAAUAGUGGUGAUGCGGAGCGAGCACGAGAGCGUCUUCACGGCACCGUGGUUGAGGGCAGAAAGAUAGAGGUUAAUAAUGCAACUGCGAGGGUACAAACUAAGAAACCACCAGCGGUCCCUAACGUGUGCGUGCAAUGGCCGGAAGGGCUGCGGGUGUCCGGCAUAAAUUGGUUUUACAGCGUGUAUUACGACCCCUUCUUAGCAGCGGCAGCGACGGCAGACUCUAAUUACAGACUACAGGUAAAUACAUUGCUAUCACAGUUCGCCGCGAAGCCCGCAGUCGAGCCCGCGCCCUCACUCACGCCCCUCGCCGCCACGUACGUCAUGUACGGCAGAGAAUACGGUGACCCUUAUUUGGGUCAUAGCAUCGGGCCUGUCACGGGAUACGGGACGGCGAUGUACAGAAGCGGCUACAACAGGUUCGCGCCGUACUAAGUCGGAGGAAGAAGAAAUCUUUUACUCGAAUACGGAAGCUUCGUCAUCUUUACGUAACAUGACAAUGAACUCUCUUUGUAAACGUACAAACAUAAUGUUAGGUAUCAGUUAGUGGUAGCCGGUUGCUGUUAAGUAAGCUUGUAUGAGAUAGUGUGGCCCCUGUCGGCGCGCUCACGAACUCAUCAAUACCAAAGUCAUUAAAAAUUCUAACCGUAAUAGUUCAAUAAGUUUAUAUACUCUAUUGUAAAAUUGUUAAAUGCAUAUACAAGUGCGAGCAGCUAAACUGGAGCGCAUUGAUUCUAUUUAGAUGUUUAUAAGAAUAACUAUUUUACUACUAAAAUAAUAGGCGAAGGAAGCGUCUCGACAAUGACAAUAGAACAUAUAACACGUAACUAUAUUUAGUGAGCUUUGCACUUGCAUAUCAUGUAGAAAUGUAAAUAUUGGUGAAUCACAUUUUAUCUAUAAAUACCCUCCGACUCGGAUAUGUUAUUGUUGUGCUUGUACAAUAGGCGGGGAACGAUCGUCGUUAACUUUUUUAGCGGAAUCAAUUUUUAAUAUUGUAAAUUCGGUAAGUUUUAUCAAUGUUCAUACGAUUUAUACUUGGUGCCGGUCGGGCAUUCGGAUCUUUGUCGUUGAAACGUGUUGUUUCAUUUAUUUUUACACGAUCAUUUCUAUAAAUAGGAAUAAAAUGCAAUUUUAAUCUUUACAGUAAAUGAUUCGAAUGAGAUGUGUCGUUCGUUUGUUAGUAAUGACCGAUCGCGUGGUGCGAAAGUAAUGCGGUGCCAUUUGUUGGGUUGUUACUAAGUAAUGCUC